GUCCUUUCUGCAAGGGGUCCCCUAUCCCACCCUUCCUGACGGCCGCAGGGUUUCCCUGAAGUAGCCUGCCCGGGUGUGAUCUUGGACUGGACCAAGCGAACCAAGGCAUUCCCAAAACAAACAAACGUAAAUCCAAUUUUAAAAGGGUGCACUGGGUUAGAUAGACGAAAUCGGGAGUUUUUAGAUGUGGCUGGAGAACUUGUGAUGGACUACAGCUGUUUGGUGGCAGUCGUUGCUGACUUCAUCACAGUGCAGCCUCGACCAGAAUCUAGAAUGCACCUUUUGGACCGCACUUCAUCACCCGCAGCAUGGAUUUACUAAGGUUGAACGAAACCGAUGCGCUCGACAGCGCGGGAGCUCAAAGUGGUGCGCAACUGAACGUUUUCGUGAACGGCAGUAUAAAGGAGAGAAAUAUCACCACCUGUGACAAUGCAACCAUAGCCCCCAGACCAAAGCUUGCUCAAAAAGAGUUGCGUAUCCUGCUCUACUCAGUCAUCUUCCUCAUCAGUGUGCUGGGGAACCUCCUCAUCAUCAUGGUCCUGACGGUCAACAAGCGCAUGCGCACCGUCACAAACUCCUUCCUGCUGUCCCUGGCUCUCAGCGACCUGAUGAUGGCGCUGUUCUGCAUGCCCUUCUCCCUGAUCCCCAGCAUCCUAGAGGACUUCAUCUUUGGAGAAGCCAUGUGCAAGAUAGUGGCCUAUCUGAUGGGCAUAUCCGUCAGCAUCUCCACCUUUAGCCUUGUUGCCAUAGCGAUUGAACGCUAUAGCGCCAUCUGUAACCCCCUGAAGUCGAGGGCAUGGCAGACGCGUUCCCAUGCCAACCGUGUCAUUGCGGCCACGUGGGUGCUGUCUUUUGUCAUCAUGGUACCCUACCCCGUGUUCAGCUCUCUGGUUAAGCUCUCUGUUGUCAGACCGGACAACACCACAGCACAUGCCUGCAGACACACCUGGCCUCAUAGCCAUGUGGAACAGACCUGGUACAUCCUGUUGCUGCUGGUUCUGUUUGUGAUCCCAGGCCUGGUGAUGAUUGUGGCAUAUGGCCUCAUCUCCAGAGAACUCUACCGAGGAAUCCACUUUGAGAUGGGACAAACGCAAAAAAACUCUGAUGUCAAGAACGGCCUGACCUCUUCCGUCUCAAGUGGCAAUGACGAUGGAGACGGUUGCUACGUCCAGGUGUCCAAGCAACCCCACUCCGUGGAGAUGUCGACCCUGACAUCCUCAGCCAGAGCCGGGGGUGUGGCCGGAGGGAGCGGGGCGAAGGUGGAGCGCGCGCGCAGUAACACAUCGGAGGCCAAGCUCCAGGCCAAGAAGCGAGUGAUUCGCAUGCUGGUGGUGAUCGUGGUGUUGUUCUUCUUGUGCUGGAUGCCCAUCUACUGCGUGAACACCUGGAAGGCCUUCGACAUGCAGUCUGCCCACAAGGCCCUCUCCGGGGCUCCCAUCUCCUUCAUCCACCUGCUGUCCUACACGUCAGCCUGCGUCAACCCCGUCAUCUACUGCUUCAUGAACACACGUUUCCGCAAGGCCCUGCUCUCCACCUUCUCCUGCUGCCAAUCGCUGUGCCGCCGCCGGAAGCGCCGGGGACUGCGGGAGGCCGAGGAGGACGCCAUGGCGAUGGGGGUGUCCAUGUCCAAGUUCAGCUACACUACCGUCAGCACCAUGGCGACAUGCUGAGGGGUGGAGGU